AGCAGUUACUCGCCCCGCCUUGUUUCGAAUCAAAUCAAAAAUACAACUUUCCUCCAUCUGCAGUAUUGGGCUACGGCUCCUUUAAGAGGAAGGUGUGUCGCGACAGGUAGUCAUAGAUAAACAGGAAGUAGCCGCUUCAGUGAGACAGCGCAUCGCGACGCGCUCCUAUUACGGAACAAAGAUGCGCAUGAUACGAAACGACUUUGAGCGUCCUGACUGACGACAUGAGGCGACCUCUGCUCCUCUUCACUCUCCACCUGGCAGCCUUUCUGUCUGCGGAUGUACUUGCUCAAAACCAGGUCCAGAUCCAGUUCCAGACGGACCCAUUGCUGGUUCAGACUGGGACAGAGAUCGUCUUCACGGUGCUGACCACACCGAAUGUUGUUAUCAUCCAAUGGUUCUACCAGGAAACCCUGCUGGGUGCGUGGGCCGGUGGGACCUCAGUGCUUAAUCCAGUGGCCCAGUUCGAGGGCCGGGUCACCAUUCUGUCCACCCAGCUCAAAAUCGGAGGAGCCCAGCUCAGAGAUGCCGGCGACUACUCGGUGCAGGUGACUCCCAGGGACGACACGGGUUUGCUCCCCAACACCAGAUCCAUACGGCUCAGUGUCUUCGAUGCUGUGGCUGGCGUGAGCCUGUCUGUUCCCACGCUGGCGAUGGAGGACGGAAACGUCUCUCUGAGUUGCACGUGGACGGCCGGCACGGAUCUCACCGUGCAGUGGGGUAAAGGAGGUCAAGCUAUCAGCUCUGACUCCAGGAUCACCAUCGAGGGAGGAUCGCUGGUCAUCAACCCGGCGCGGAGAGGUGACGCCGGGGACUACACGUGCACUGUCAGCAACCCUGUCAGCGCUCGCACCGUCAGCGCCAGCCUCACCGUCUACUAUGGCCCAGACAGCCCCGUGGUGACCAAGGACGUGCCCAAAGACUGCGUCGGUGGAGGAGACGUUCUGGUGGGCCAGACAGUUCGCAUCACCUGUACAUCAAACUCCCUGCCCCCUGCCCUUUUCUCAUGGACACUGGGUGGGCAGUCGGUCGCCAGCGGCCAGCCGGACAGCGGGGUGCUGAGCCUGCAGACCCUGUCCACGGAUGAGGGCGGGCGCUACGUGUGCACCGCCAGAAACGCCAUCACUUUGAAGACGGCGGAGCAGGGGACCAACCUGUCUAUCGUCGACGUGUGCCUCAGUGGCGGGGAAGUGGCGGGCAUCGUGAUUGGCUCCUUUCUCUUGCUCCUAAUCCUCAUCCUGCUAAUCAUUCUCCUGGUGAAGAAAGUGGUGGACCAGCGAAGGCGGAGAGAUGAGUUACUGGUGCCGAAAAAUGACAGGAACCCGAGGCCUCCACCUCCCGAUCCACAGCCUAAUGGUGCGAGGGAUUUAGGCCCCGGACCCCUUCCGCCCCUCUACACACACGCGCGCAACCCUGACCGCUUUCACGGAGCACCUCAAGAGACCCGAAACGUCCCACAGACUGUGCCCCCGAACAGGGUGAUGCAUGGCACUGACACACUGGCCCGCAAUAAUCGCACCCGCACACACUCGCACAGUGGAAUUGAGAACCCGGCUUUUACACGCACAGACGCUCCGAACCUAAAUGCAGUCUCCAACGUGCAGCAGCAAAAUCCUAAUAUAGUCAUACAGGCUGGCACUUCCCAGGGUGCCAGUCAACCCCCGGCGGUCCAGGUCAACCUUCCCAGUCUGCCUCAGAGCUCUCAGCAAAACAACAGCGCGCCAAUGCCAACUAUUCACGUCAAUCUGAACUCAUAUCCGGGUAACGGCCAACAGCAGGGAAACUCAUUUCCUUUGAACAGUUUGGCUAAUAACACAGCACAAGUCCAACAAACCCUGACAGAACAAUCACACACCGGAAUGCAAAUUGGGCAGUCAAAUCCAUCCAACGCUCGACAGCAUGCUAAUGUUGAUGCUGGCCAUCAAAGUCAGGCUGGACUUAUUCCGACUGGAUUCACGCACCACAACAGCAGUAACGUGGUGCAGCGGAACGCAAACACGCAGACGGAUCAGCGGAACCUGGGCGGACCUGACAGAAACAGGCAGGAUGAAGUCAACUCCUCCCACCGGCAGAUGCCUUGGGAUCGCCUGCGAGGAACUCCGGCUUAUCCCGCAGAGUCGCCCACGAUGUCAGACAGUACAGAUUACACAACACACGCUCCCAUCCAGCAGACCAGAACCUUUGACAGAACUCAACCGGGGAGCCGAACAGAACUCAGACAAGAGGAAAGCUCUCGGUCCAGGGAAGCUGACGUCCGAGGCGCACACACUCUUAGAAUUCCUCAACUUGAGCCGGCGCGUCGCUCGCACAGCAGCCCACAAAGGGACCGGACUGGAGCAGACAUCAGAGAUGUGCCAGCGAGACAGACUGGCCCCGGGCAGGAGGGCGCUCACAGCAAUAACCCUCAGGCGCUCCCUCUCAUGAGCCAGCAGGCUGCUGUUGAUCACGCCGCUCUGUCGCAGCGACCCCUGACACAACCCAACGUGCUGCACAACGCAGAUACAAGAGCCUUAGCUGAUCCCAACCACCUUCAACAGACGCUGUUGACCCAGCAGCCAAGGGUCGCUGUGACCCAAAGACAACCCACUCAGACAGUAGCACGUGCUGCCACUCAGCCUGCAGCGCCGACCCCUAAUCCUAGCAACCUAACCGAAGCUGCCCUUAGAAGCCACACGCAGGCAUCGCAAACAUUUCAGAACCGAAGACAACAGACGCAGGCAGCUCUGCUUCACCCGGGGCCGCAGGUCCGAGCCACCGCAGUGGCCCAGCAGCCACCCAUUCCUCCUCCUGUUAUCCCUCUCGCACAGUUCCAGUCCCUACCUAAGGAGCGGACCCAGCACAGAUCUCCGGCCAGAGGCCCUCAGCCGCCGCGACCUCCUGUCAACAUACCUGUAGCUCAGCGACCGAGGCCAGUUCACCACCAUCGAUCAAAUGUGCCGCAUCAUCCCGCGGGCCCUCACCACCACCACCACCACCCCCACCACCAUGGCAACGCUGCUCUGCACAGACCCACCCACCAACGACAGCAGCAGACUCACAGAGGGAGACCGAGAUGAAGACAGAUGUCAGCGGAAGAUUUCCUACCACUGUCCCGCUUCCACUCAAGCAAGCGGAAGACGGAUCUGAUCCAACUAACAGCCAAGCAAAACUGACAGCUGUCAAACACUGCCACCUGCCCCUUCAUUGUUUUUCAAGUCUUUCCCUGGAGGAAAGAAAUAACCUAAAUGUGACUCGGUGAGUAGACUUUAAUGGGCAAGUCUUCAUGAAGCUGCACGACUCGGUGAUGAAUCGAUACCAAACAGUCAAGUAAAGCUACUGGCACUUGUUCAGGUGAGUCAGCCAUUAGAGGUGAAAUGUGAUCCAAUAACUUGAAUUAUUUGCUUUGCAUUGCGCUGCCAAAUGGAAUGUACCGUCACCGGUUACUGCAACGUGCUGGUCCUAACAUUAGCUGCACCAUCGAUUAGCCUUCCUGCUUGCUACAAGUGAGUUAAUACUGUGCCUUAAAAUGAUUUAUGGGAAGAGCAAGGUGGAAAAGAAGAGAACAGAAAUGAUUAAAAAUGUAUGUCUUCAGCCGCUGCGAUAGCUUGCUGUAUAAGAUAUUGAAGCUACCCUGAAUAGCCUUUAGCAUGUAGCAUGUAGCAUGCGCAACAUCUUCCAACUUUCUCUGAUUAAAUGCACUUAAAAAAAAAGACUAAAGUAUAUUGAGGAAAAACUUAAAAGAAGGCAAGUCAUUGUCCCAAAUGAUUUAUCUAACAAUUGAAUUCCUUGCUAAAACUGAAUAAGAAUUUAUUUUUUAAUCUCAUCGGUGAGACUUUGCGGCUGUCUACGUUGCACAUGUAUAUAAUUAUUGCUACAGUCAGCGCCCCGUGACACGGUGACACUCCUGAUCAGAGCAUAAAUAGCUGGUGGACUGGUCCCUCACGUACAAGGGGGUGUUUAUUCCGCAGCCUCUGUGUACAGAUGCCUCUCAUGACACUUCUCAAUGAAGGCGAUUCGCCUCAGCGGAGCUUGGAAAUAAUAGUGGGCUUUACCAUGAUGGGGAUCCGGCGAGUGGAUGGGUGCUUAUUAAUUAAACGCUUUGUGUGAUUCAAAUGCGAAGGAACAAAUCACCGCAGCUGUGAACCAAUGAGGUCAGCACCGAGUGGAGCCGCCGCGCCUCCCGCGUAAAAGCCAGAACAGCAAUUUUCAGUUGGUGCUGGGUCACACGUUGUAAUGAUUAAAUGUCAUUUUUUUAAACUUGUUUUUAUUGUUAUGCUGUUUCGCUUUUUACUCAGGGACUUCCUUUAUUUAUUCGCUUGUGUAUUUUUCAUGUUGGGUUGCCAAGACCAAAUGUUUCAUUUUAAAAAACCACUGUGUUGCCAUGUAAAAUAAAUAAAAUGGAGGACGCUUGGCUCUUUGUCAUUAAGCCAGUCAUCCAUUUUUUUUUUUGGGUGGGAGCAGCAGUCUUAGUAAAAAAGGCAGUGCAAAUCCAUAUACAAGUAACAUCCGAGAUCGGUUCCGACCAACUGGUCGUAAGUCAGAUUGGAGGUAAGUGGAAUGCCAUUCAGAAUAGCAGACGCGAGGGUUAUAGUUACUACUGUAGUGGUAGAUGGCUGUGUGAGAGUGAGAUGCUGGGAUACUGUGCUGCUGUAACUGUCGUACACGAUGCCAGGCUGCUACGUGCUGCGGUGCCAGACAUUGAAUUAAAAAAUAUGCAUCUGCUGGCCGUGGUCGUAAGUAUGGGUGGAUGUAAGUCAAGCAAGUCGUAAGUUGGAUGUUACUUGUCAAUGGAAUAAUCUUCCCCUUUUCGACUUUUUUGCAAAACGCAUCCGUGUCAAAAUCUGUGUGUUCAUAACACGAUAAACAUAAUUCUUGAAGCAUAUAAUAUAUGCAUUGCCGUCUUUCAUCAAAGUGGCUUCCAUCUGCAUUAUUUUUAACUUGCCGAAUCUCAGAACUGCUUCAGAACCACAAGUCUUUAUCGACAUGCGGUUCAGUCAUCUAUUGUCUCCU